AUGGAGGUGGGGAACGUGCGAGAUUUAUGCAGACUGUUUGGUCCCUGGUGUUUGCUGGGACAUAUAUCGCGUCUUCGUGCGCCCGCAUUCAUAAUAGCGUCGGUCCUUGACCCCGGCGGGGAAAACAUCGCGAGCGCGCCAUUAGACCGUCUGAAAACCGACGCUGCACCCACUCCUCCUUCCCAUCACGUAUUUGGUAUCGUUGGGGACGUCACUCCGAUUCCCUUCCAGCGAUGGGACGCGUACAUUUUCAUAGGUAAUUUGAGGCGUAUUACAAGAGCGCUUAGCACACAGCGCGCGCCCGUAUUUUCCGUUGUAAACAUGACGGCGCGCCGCAUGUUUUAUGUAUCGCGGGUGCAGUGCAGAAGGAAACCCUCAUCGGAAUUCUGCGCGGUGCCCGAUGGUACCGGCGUCCGUGCGCUGCGAGCCAAGAGCAUCUCCCGCGGCGCGUGUGAAAAAGUGCAUGUUGCUAUGCCCGAGGGGAUUCUUCCUCAUAUUCAGGCAGUAUUCUUUCGUCUUAUCUCGUUUGUAAUGUGGUGUUACGUUCGUAAAUCAAUCUCUCUUAAUCGCUUCGCUGGCACCGAGCGCUCCGAUUCUGGAACGUUCCUAAUCACUCUCGCAAAUAGGACGCAGUUGACGUUGCAUGUCGCCUGUCAGUUGUCGCCGGUGCAUCACAGCCCGUGUUCACUGCAUCGCAACGGCCGCACGUGUCGCGGGAAGCGAACUCGCCAAACAGAUCCGCUGAUUGGCCGGGCGCAAAUUGGCGCGACGUGUGUCGCGUGUAGACGCUAUACGACGCCGACCGCGGCUGCGGUAGGUCACAGCCUCAGCCCGGACACUAUAUGCAUAAAGAUCACUAAGCACUCGCAGCAC